CAGGGCCUAGUGCUUAUGAAGAUUGUCUAGACUUCUGGCUCUGGUGCUCGAAACACGGAGCCAAGAUGUCGUAGAUGUCGUUUCACUCUAGCACAACAUUAUUUCUGUUGUGUGAAUAAGCUAUGGGAACGAACCAUAGUCGAAAUUGUGAUAAAAUAACGAUGAGCGACGAUAAUUUACUGGCAAGACUCGCUACGGCGGCUUACAAAGGCUCUGAAAGGGACUUAAAGCAUUUAUUAAAAGCAGGCGCUUUUCGAUUCAUAGAUGAUUUUACAAUCCAUGGCAAGUCAGCUUUACAUCAUGCCGCAAGAAGUGGACAGUCGUCGUGUGUUAAAAUCUUACUUGAACAUAACGCUUUGGUGAAUAUAGCUUCGUAUGAUCGCCGUACACCACUGAUGGAAGCGGCAGAACGUGGUUAUACGGAGUGUUUGAUAAUGCUUUUAAACUCUGGUGCUGAUCCAAAUUAUGUAUCAACAGAUCAAACAACUGCCCUGCAUUACGCGGCUAGAAAUGGGCAUUCCGAUUGUGUUGAAAAACUAUUAGAAAGUGGUAGUAAUGUGAAUGCUAUCGCGGCAGGAGGAUGGACAUCUUUACAUUUUGCAGCAAGACAUGGGCAUUCAACUUCUGUCAAGUUAUUGCUUACUUAUAACGCUCAUGUCGACGGACUGACAACUGACGCUUUUAGGCAUGUGGCAUCGCCUUUGCAUCAUGCUGCAGCAUAUGGUAAUCCACCUUGCAUUGAACUUUUGUUGAAUGCUGGAAGUGAUGUUGACAGUGUUGAUGAAAAUGGUUGGACAGCAUUGCAUUUUGCUGUCUCAAGGGAGAAAACACAAAAUGUGGAGACCUUAAUUAGAUAUGGUGCUGAUGUGAAUAUGACGACAUCUUACGUUGAAAAAUCCUCUUAUAAAGACACUCCUUUACAUAUCGCUUUGUUUUAUCGCUUUCAAGACUGUGCAUUGAAGCUUAUACAAGCAAAUGCCAAGUUAAAAUGUCGAAAUGAACCUAACGGCGAAACUCCUUUAGACAUUGCUAAAUCACGUCAGCUAAAAAUCUACAAAUACAUGGAGCAACUUUCACGAACUCCGGCAAGUCUUACAACUCAAUGUUGUUGCACCAUAAGACGACAUCUCAAACCUAAUGUUGUUGCGAGGGUUAAACGAAUGCCUGUUCCUCCUGAAUUAAAAAGUGCAAUAUUAUAUCCAAGAUUACGGAAAUUACCGGAGUGAUUCACAUAAAUCAUGUGCAAGUUUAACGAAUAUAUGGCUCAGGGUCUUGGCCAAGUUAGGAAUCCCAUUUCAAAUCUUGGAGAGAAUUGCCAGAUUGAUGUAAACAGCACUUGACCACUUUGCGUAUUCAGUAUUACUGAAUCAGGUGAAAGAAUUGUUAACGAUACGUACACAGAAUUUAAUCACAACACCAAAAUAGUUUUCACAUCUGGUUGAACUAAAAAAGGGUUUGGUAAAUUAUAUUUUGGUCACCGAAAAUAUCGAGAUUGGGAGUUAAAAACGAUUUUUCGAGUUCGACAGUCAUUUUGUGCCAAACAUGUCUUUGUCUUGUUAAGUUUAUGUAGAUAGAGUUGAUCCCUGACCUGCAGAAUAUUCUUCGCCAGUGAAGAAAGUUCCAUCGUUAUAAUUGACGUGCGAUCCAAAAUUAAGAAUUGGGAUUCUUAAUGUGUUGUGUUGUUAUUCUUCAACUGAAAGAGUAUAUUGUUUUAUGAAGUGGUGGGCUGAUUUUUAAAUAUACGUAACAAAAUUAUUGGCUAAACAUGGAAGUCUAGAAUUUCCUGAAAUUGGCAAACAGAGAAACCAGUGCUUCCGUUUAUUUAUUGUAUUAAAUUUCCUAUUGUUGAAAUUACUAAAAUCAGUAUCAAUAAUGCUGAUUUCAGCAGCAAUAGGGAGAGAAAUUUUUCUGUUCAAAAUUACUACAUUGUAUCUCAAUUUUGACUUUGAUUACUUUUUCCAAAAUAUGAGAUAUUUGUUGGCCUUGUAAUGCAAUGAUAGAUAUGUUUAAAUUUAUCCUAUUUAAUGAUCUUGUCUUAAUAUUCGGUAAUCUGUUUGCUAAUAAAGUUUUUCCGUUUUUUAUGACAGUUAAAUUGAUUACAUGUACUUCCUAUUUCAAUUUUCCUGUCCAAGUUUAUCCACCACUUCAUUUUAUAAUAUACAUAUUCAUUUGUGUGAAUUCACUAAACACUUAAUCAUUUAUGGUGAAGUCUUGGGUUGCGUGCAAAUAGAUUGAACUAAGCAUUAUCAAUUAAAGAUAAUUUUGCUAUAUCUACGUUAAAUACUGAAACUUUCAACUUUAUGCAAACUGAUUGUUGUAAAAAAAUGUUAGCUAGGACUUUGUCAAAGUAUCCCUGAUGAAAGAAGGUCAAGGAAGUAAAAUUAAGUGGUUAAAUUCACAAUAAUAGUGGUAUGCAAAUGUUUCUAACCCAUCCUUAAACUACAUAUGUACAGAAUAUUUGUAAAUACAACAGAAACUUUAUGUACAGUUGACAGAUAGUCACCAUAAUGCGAAUAAAUAUUAUAAAUUAUUUUUUAAAACAUGUUAUUUUUGCGUCCA